AUGGAGAGUCAAACUAUAUUUGCUUACGCCUUCGUUAAAGGGAAGUUUCUAUGUACCUGCACGCGUGCGGGCCAAAACGUCCGUGAAACGACUCGGGAAGUCGACUGCGACAAAUCACCUAAACGAUUUAUUCGUAUGCAUGUAUGCAUACAUAUUAUAUUAUACUAUAGGGUGUUUCUUAGCUAUGGAGGUUGAAAAUAAACUUUCGAUUUUUCUGCCCCGUCCCCUUAAAAGCGGUUAAUACGUGCAUAAAAUGUAGAUAUUAUGUGAACAUUUCCUAUACAAUCGAACAAAGUUAGUCAGGUACCGAAAUGGACUUGAACUUAGAAAGAAAAGAAAGUUCAUUAAAAAAAAAAAAAAAAAAAAUGAAAGUCUAAAUCGGCGAGGCAGAAGAAAACGGGAUGUUGCUUUUACCUCUAUAACUAAUAUGAACACCCUAAUAAUGUACGAGUAUACGAACACGUGAGUGUAAACACUUUACGGUUUAAAUACGUUUCGUCUGUAUUAAUUAAUUUGGUAUUGGUUUAGAUUUUUCCGAACCGCGCGAAUAUAAUUAAUUUAAUGAUUUUACUGGAAUUUGCGUCACCUACUCCCCACUUUAUCGAUUCAUAAAAAAUAUGCCAAGACUCUUGCUGCACGCCCAUUUUAUCAAGUGAAUUGUUUGCCCGGCGGCAGCGGAGAUAUUUUAUUCGAAAAAUAUUUUCGUAGUUUCCCGACGCUCUAAGUUUGCCCCAAAAAUUGAAUUGUGAAAUUUAUUCGAAACACAUCGCAAAUCAGCGAAUUACGCACGUCGUAAACGUAUAAUAUUAUUAUAUUAUUUGUCAACACAUUUAAUAUUAUAAUAUAUUAUUGUAGUGAUAACUCAAAAACAGGUUGACUCAAAAAUAACUAUUGGCUGAUCGUUAUGUGCGAGAAAUAAAUAAAAUUAUGUACACCGUUGAUUUUUGUCGGUCUAUACAUCCCAACCGUCUUGUUAUAUCUAACGAAUGUACGCGUUUGUAUACUUAACAAACGUAUUGUUUGAUAUUGACGACGGUCAGAAAUUAACUAGAUAGGUGCCUACUUCAAAAUGAGCGUCAUGCUAUUCGAUGAUAACUUUUGACGUUUAGUAUCGCAAUACAAGAUACUAAAUACUCACGUUUUAUAUAUUUAAAUACUGUACAGUUUAAAAUUUAUUAAAAUAUAUCCGUUCAACGAAUUUUAACCACUUUUUUACGGUAUGUUUCAGUGGCCGGACCACCGGAACCCGAAGGAGGCGCUGGUACUAGCCAAGACAAUAUGGCAUUGAUGGAACGUAACGAAGGCACUCACGAUGAUCAUAUUAGUGAGUAUUAUUGGAUUAAAUGAACACUGUAUUAAGUAUUAAGUCGAAAAAACCAAUAUGAUAUGAAAACCGAUCAAAGGUUUUUGUUCAAUAAAAAGACAGCUCGGCAUUUUAGCGAAAUAUAUGUUUUAAUUGUUAUUGAUCAAGAAACUUAUUAUCAUAUUUUGUGUGCAACAACGAGCAAAUCCGAUUGGAAAUCUGUAUGAAAGUUACAACGUAAUCUUAAAUGAAAUUCUAGAUAAUUCUGAUAAAAAAAGGCAACCGCACCUGUUUUAUCAAAAUCGAAUGUAGCUACAUUUAUUUUUUGUUUCCCGUAACAGUUUAAAAUAUUGUUAAUAGGUAUUUUUAUCAAAAAACAAAUGAUAAUAAUUCAAUAAUAAAUAUAAUUACAGAUAAACAUUGUUUAUGGGUGAAUUCAAUGAUUUAUUUGAGGUACCUACGCAGUUUACAUUUUUUUUUUUAAUGUCAAAUUUUAUUAAACUACAGUUUGUGUUGUGAAGGUUAAUUUUGUUUUUUCGGAAACAAGACUUGUUAAAUUCGUUUGGUGUACUAACAAUAUUCCGAAAAAAACUUUAUAAUAUUAAUAGACGAUAAUUAUUGAUACUUUGCGUAUUACUGAACGACGAUAAUAGUUUUCCAAUUUACACUUACCAAUGUUUAAAUUCAAAAUAAGAUUGACACUCAUAUUAAAAAGGAAAAAAUAACAUAAUUUUUUUUUAGUCUUUUAAAUAUGGAUAGCAAUACACGAGAAUGUAUUAAAAUAUUAAUACCGAGUGAAAAAAAAAACGAAUGCUACCUAGCUAUGACACAAUCCAAUCACUAAAAACGGUAAGGAAAACUGUCACUGCGGUAAUUGACAUUUUUUUAUUGGUGUAUGACAAUUAGACAAUACUUUAUAUAUUAUUCAAUGAAUUAUAAAUGAUUUGUUUCUUACAAAAAAAAAAAAAAGGAAAACUCGUAAAAAUAAUCACCGUAUUUAAAGUAUACAAUGAAGUCGAGUCUCAGUUUUUUAACCGAUACGUUUUCAACUAUCGGACGUUCGAAUCUAUUGAAAUAUCUACUAUAAACAAAAGUGAAGGUAGGUAUAGGUAUGCGUAAAAUUCAAUAAAGACCGGGGCUGGCCUCACAAUAUGAAUUAAUUUUGAUCCUUUUUUUAUUCUCGUACAAAUCGAAUUAUUUUGAAUAAAUAAUUAAAUUUUUAAUUAAAAUAAAUAAAAUCGCUUAACGAGAAAUACGGUUUUUUGUUUAGCUUUCAUUAGGGCUUUCAUUUGAAAAAGACGGGCAUACAUUGCACGUGGAAGGACCACUGUAGUAGGUUUUGAGAAGGUAGAGGGGAAAUUAAAUGUAUAUCUAUACGGAACUAUUAACUAUUGCUAACGAAAACUCGAUUCUGAGCAGAGUUCGGUUAAUAAUGUUGCUUUUUCAACAAUAUAUAUGUCAUAUUAUGGUAAAAUAAUUACAUAUGCAUUAUAUUAUAUUCUCUUUAAUAAUAUUUGUUUAAUAUUGUACCUACUUUCCCGUUUUUCCUAUUUGGUUUUUCACAUAUAUUGGUAAAACUCCUGGGAAAUCAAAAAAUGAUCUUCCUAAAGUACCACUCCAGUCAGAUUAACUUUCAGAAAUGUACUAUCGUUGUAAAUCGGAACAAAAUUGCAGGCAAAAAAGUUGUCUAUGGAAAAAAAAAAGAAUUAAACAUUAUUGUAAAACCAAUACAUUCCUAGCUCCACUUAGAAUCUAAAAAAAAAUUUGACGAAAACGUAUUUGAAGAAUAUAAUAUUAAUACUCGGGUAAAUGUUUGAAUAUGGGGUUUAUAUUUAUGGUUUCAUAAAUAUAAUUUCGAGUAGAUAAUGUGUAUAGGUAAGUACGGUGUACAUCGUUCCACCGUUUUGAAAUAUUAUUAUAAUAAUAGUUAAAAACGUUUAUGACUACUAGUGUGCACUAUUUACCUACUAUAUAUCACUUGCCAUCAUUAGUACGGUAGACAAUGCAAAUAAUUCGAUACUAUGAUGGAAUGAGUACGAAAAAAACAACACCUUCGAUUUGAUAGGGUUACGGUAAAGACAUAUAAUAUAUGAUAAGUAUUUUAUUAUAAACCCGUACAACAAUAUGAUACCAGUCUGUUAUCAGUAAUCUGAAAAAACGGCUUUAAAGGGACGAAAUUCGUUGAUUUCAUUCACUUUGCAGGAAUAUAUCGGAGACGAAUCUAUGUUGGGUAGUAUUAACAUUUCGUUCAUUUUUUGUGGGAAGAAAUAUGUACGUUUUCAUUAAUUUUGCGUCGUCAUACUAAUCAAACCCAAAUUAUUGUAUUAUUAAUAAGUAUAUACAUUUGCAACAGUGUUUCCUAUAAAGGACACUUGCAGGUAAAGUGUUUAUGGAAUCGAUAAUACAUUAAAAUUGAAUUCAUAAUAUGUAUAUAUGCAAUUGAAUUAUUUUUAUUUAAGGAACGAAAAAUGUCUCUUUAUUAAAAACGAUAAAAUAAACUAGUUCUUUCUUCAGUCCUAGAACGAAUCUCGAUUUAGUUCCAUUUUAAUAAGACAAAAGUGAAGUCAACUAAUUCAUUUCUAAAAAGAACUUUCUAAACACAUAAUUUUACCAAAUUAACGAUAUAAUACUAUGUCACAUAUUAUAAUAUUAUUAUGGCCCACUACGUAUUUUAAUGCCAAGUAUGCUGCUCAUAGAGCGUGAAGUACCACUGACCCCCAAUAGUGUACACAGAGUGUAAACACAUAGAAAACGCUAAUAUACAAUGCAUUAUUUUAAUAAUGUUCUAUACAUUUUUGACGAUAACUAUUACUAUAAAUAUGGAAAUGCUCUUUAGUGUUGCUCAAACGCUAUGCGAAAUAUAUAAUGUAACUUUUAACGGUUAUUUCGUGAACCUCGAUCGGUCGGUGCACCGCGGGUAGGACUAGACAGGGCAACUAUGCCGAGGUCGGCGAUACGGUCACGGUACGACGGCAUUUCCCUGGUGGAAAAGUGCCCACGGUCGGUGUCACCUCGUGAAAUUAAUAUCCAAACGCGAGCAAAGAGAGCUUAGUUUUUAUAUACGAUAUUGACGUACUGUAUACUAUAUACCUACGUACAAUAAUGAUAAACCCAUUUGGUUUUCCUGAGCACUAGCGAAAUGAGUAGAACUGUUACUCGCCGAUUAAUUAGAGACUUUUAUAAAUAGGUAUAAAGCGCAGUUCUUUAUUAUUUCGAAUUUAACCGAAAAUGAAUCUGAAUGGAUAGCGUAGUCUAUGAUGGUCGGAAUUUCACGGGCGGUCAGUAUUUAAACGGGUGUGCGUCCGCGAUACUAGUGAUUUCCGUGCGGAUUUACCGAAAAUACUUCCCAGGAUAACGCGCAGGGUAGACGGUCGGGGCUAUCGACGUUCGUUUGUAUUAUUAUAGAAUUAUAAUUUACACACAACUUGUAACUCGUCUUUCAAUCAUUUGAAUGGUUUGCUGCAUUGCACCGCGUUUCCAUUGCUUAACUCAAUUUCUUCAACGCCUUGUUAAGUUUUAACUACUUACCUAUCUUUAUUCGUGUCUAUCAUGAUUUAGAUUUAUUUCGUGUACACCGUUCUUGAUCUUCCUCUUUCGAUAUGACCUUUUACGUCACCCUCUAUGACGCAUUUCAUCGAGCUAUCACGAUGCAAUUGAUGUUCUAUCAUUUUUCUUUUUUUCUGACUUAUAUAUUAUGCCAAAGUUAUCGUUUUUCUUUUAUUUCGUUCAAUACUUUUUCGUUUGUUAUUUCUUUCUAUCCAUUUAAUCUUGCAUUUGUUGAUAACACUGCAUUUCAAAAGCAUCAAGUUUUCUUCUAUCUAUAUAACAUAUAUUCGUUCGCAUGACAAUUUAGAUAGAUAUGAUCUCAGGUUUUUCAUACGCACAUCCCUUUCGGUAUUAUUUCUCCACAUCGCCGAUUAUCGUAGUUUCCCAUCGAUUUUUAUUAGCUAACAUAAACAUUGCCGAUGGUAGUGGAGAAUUACCGCUUAAGCCAGGUGUGAAAAAGAGGCACAUACUGAACGAAAAUAAGAUACACUGUAUUUUUAACUAUCUAUUUUUUAUAAUCCCUUAUAGGAAGAGGGUUUAGAGGGGAACAUUAUUCCUUCUCCCCAAACUUGUAAAUUCAGUCUGCAGAAUAGGCAAUUCAACGAAAGCUAAUACAAUAGCAACGAUAAUUUGAAAUUCGACAAAACUAUUAAUUCUUUUAUUUCAUUUUUUUUUUUAUUUUUUAUUAAGGUGAAUAUCGUUAAUCUUUGUAUUAUUGUAAAAUUUGGUAUAUUUAUUAUCAUUUAACAAAUUUUUUUGACAACUUUUAAUCACGCCCUUCGGUUCAAGUCGUACCAAAUAAAAACAAAAUAUGUAUCGCAAAUAAAUUAUGGCUUUAACCUCCCCCUUCCCCUUCAAGUUUUGUUAGUUUUUAAAAUCGUAUAAUAUGAAUUAUAAAUUUAUUUAUAAAGUAAUUUGGUUGAUUUUUAUAUACAUAAUAUAUCAUAGGGUUGCUCGGAUUUCAUAAUUGCUCGUAUAAAUAUACGAGUUUAAAAAGUUGUAUAAAAUAAUAAAAUGUGAAAAAAAAACUAUAAUGAGGUCAAAAAUAUCAUUCGAACCCUAAAUAUCGUACUUACAAAAAUAUCCGUUAUCGCUCCUAAAUAUCAUAAUGUGGGGCCUUAAAAAUUUAAAAAUUAAUUAGCGACUAAAUAUACCUACUACUAUCUAUAACAUAUCCGAGUGUUCCUGGAUUAUUUCGUAAAAAUAAAAACAUCACAACAUUAUAUAGAUUAUUGUCUGUGAGUUCACACCACGUAACAAAGACCUCCCGAAAAAUAUCGCAUAUUCAAAUAGUUUUCGAAAAAAGAAAAUGAAAAUUGGCGAGGGGAAAGUAUAGUACAAUAUUAUUUAACGAAUUUUUCGGAUCGAAACUUGCUGAAACGAAUAUUUACAAUAUUAUUCUGCUCUGUGAAGAGCAUAAAAUCAACAGAAAACCCUAUGUCAUUUAAAUGUCAUAAAAAUACCCCGACUAUUAUAACGUUUUUUUUUAUAUAUAUAUAUAAAGGAGUAUUGUUUAUGUUCCUGAUGUAUUGCUGUUUUUAUUCAUAUUGAAAAUUCGGGAUGUACAAAUGCAAUAAUAUAUUAUUAUAAAUUCAAACGGUCAGUGUUUCACUGUUUACCCGUAUGGUUUUUUUUUGUUUUUGUUUUUUUUAAAUAUUGCGUAGAGAUUUUUUUUUUAUUGCAAUAGUAAUAUUAUUGUUCGUUUCUAUUAUUUGAUUGUCGAACCACGAAAAAAAAAUACCAUGCCACAUAGAAUAUUAUAGUGUAAUCAUCACAGAUAGUAUACAACAGCAUAUAAAAUUAUGGUGUCCACCGCCAUUCGUCAUUUGGGCAAUGAUAACAAAUCCUUAUAAUUUGUAUACUGACCUAAUCACAGAUAAAUAUAACAACCAUGCACGAGUACUAAGAUAAGAUAAUAUAGAUAGGGCGGGGUUUUUUUGUUAAACCUCCCCUCCCCUAUUUUUUUUGUUUAGCUAUAAGUCAGGCUAAGAAGGUUAUAGAACCCUAAACUUCCAUAGAACAUCCAAAACCCAUCCUUACUGAAUAAUCCUAGCUACGCUACUGUUAGCACCAAACGUACUAUUACAAUAUUUUGGAUAUUUAAAAAAAAAAUAUUAAUUUAUAUAUAAAAUACUUGUAUGUUAAAUAUGUAAUACUUUUAGUGACAGUCAGUACCUUUUACUUACUUUUUUUUCGCAUAUGAAUAUAAUUCUAUUUUUUGUGGCAAGCGUAAAGAGCGACUACUUGUCAUAAUUUAAACUGGCAAAGUUACUAAAAUAAAAAAAGAAAAACAUGAAUUUCGAUAGUAUUAAUCGUUAAUAUUUCAUUAACCGUAUGUUGUUGUAUGUUAUCAUUCGACCGAUUAGUAAACAUUGAUAAAAACACAGUCCAGUCUAUUUGGUUAUUAUAUAUAUGUUUAUGGUAGACCGGUAAUGGUGUUAAUUAGUUUCGAAUGGUAAUAUAUACUCCUACGAGUAGCUCUAGAUAACAUUAUAUCAACACUGGCUUUUUAAAAAAAUUAAUAGCAUUAUCAAUAAAGGUCUCCCGUAUAACUUUAAAAAUGUAAUCGCUUAAUUGCGACUUGUUUUUUUAACAAAACUCGAUUACUAUAAUAAUACCUUACAUUUUUUACAGGACAUGGAGGGUUGACAAUCGUCCGUCGCAGCAGCCAGAAAAGGAGCUCGUACUUCGAUGAAUACACUAUGGCCUUGUCAAGAGAAGCGGAAUCGAUGUUGGGCGAUGUGGAUCUUAGCAUUGAAGGAUUGCCAUCGAUAGAUACAACCGAAGCUAUCGAUAAGGCUGCUCUUAGGUAAUUCAUAUACGUCAUAUUGUUGUUCUUAACGAAAAAAUAUUAUGUACGUAAAGGCAAAACAUUUAGCAAUCUCGGUUUACAUUUGUUAUCCUACCAGAAAUUCGUCCGAAAAACGCAUCUCAGUAAAACGAACAAUUUGGUAGAAAUCACAAUUCGAUAUUAAUAAGAUCUUUAUAAGUAUUCACGAUAAGUUUUUUUUAUCUAUCACGAAUCCUAUUACCAUGUAUAUGAUAGCGUUUUUGUUGUUUGGAUUUGAUUUUGGGUUAUAUAUUUUUUUCGAAAACCUCAGAUAAUCAUUUAAUAUCGUAGAUUAUUUAGAAUAUUUUAAAAAUGUUACCCAUAUCUCUUUUGGCGUUCAAGCCGUGAACAAAAACGUCAAAUAUUUUGAUUUUCAAAAAGCAUCACGUAUUUUUCAACGUGCAUAUAAAUUUCGCAUUCCUGUUAAGGUAUAAUUUUUUGAAAACAUAAUUCGACGGAGCCUGUACCUAUACGAAAUAAGGCUAUAAUUUUUAAAAUUUUACAAAUUAAUAUUUUAAGCUUCUAUAGCAUAAUAGAAAAAAAAUCAAAUUUACUCGUUUGCCACGAUACGAUGCUGCCUACGAAAGCAGACAAAAUCUAAGGAUUUGUUUACCUAAGCAUGAAACGUAGCCGGAUCACCGUAUCAAUCCAAUUAUUAGACAAAUACAAGGACGUUAUGUCUGAAGCAUCUGAAAUCAUACAACUUAGUUUAAGAAUUUAGAUUAAGGGCCAGGAGCUACUUCAUUGGAAGUGUGACUUCAUUACAUGUAAAAUAUAUAUAAAUAUCUAUUACAUAAAAAACUGAUAAUUAUAUUUUAAAUAAUAUAAAAUACUAGAUCUUUGAAAAAAAUAUACAGCGAUUUCUACACCGCAGACACAAAACGUUUCAAUUAAAUUCGAGACCGACACAGCCACGGCGGAGUGUACUUGAAGCAAUUAACAUCAUUAUAAAAAUUCGGUUUAAGUAACGCGAUAUUAUAAUAAUAACAAUAUUCGCUUCAAUACAGUUCUACGGUAUCGUAAAACGAAUUUUCAAUUUUGGCUAUCGGAUUGCCCGACCAAUCGGCGAGCCUGACUGAUUAAACAUUUUAUUAUUAUAAUUGAAUUUUCGUUCAAAAUCACGUCAUUAUUAUAUUUUGUAAAACCGCAAAACGUUUUAUUGUUUCUGCUAUAUGGCAAAGCAAACUCACAACACUUACCGCUAUACCUAAAAAAUCCGUCUCGAGUACACACAAUCCUAUUCGAAUUCUACACGCUUCGACAUUUGUGCUUUUCUAUACGCGAUGAAUUAUGAUAAUAAAAUAUUUCCCAGUCGCGUGGUUUCGGUUAAAUAAUGCAAGGUGAUUUUUUUUUUUCCAUAUUAUCAUUCCGUUACUUUUCGUAGAAUUCUAAGUAAAUUUGAUUUCGAUUUUUUUGAUCAUCUAUCGAAAAGUUUAAACUCUAUUUUACCAUUUUGUUCAAAAUGUUUAACCCUAUUCCCUUCACCAUAAGUUAAUAUAAACAUUUUAUUCUCACUCAUCCACUGCCUUUCAUCAUAGAUUCGAAACGAAAAAUUUAUGUUUUAAACAUUUUUAUGUGAAAUUUAAAAGUGAGACCGGGGAAGUAGGAAGGAAUAGAAAACAAUACAUUUCAUAUUAAUUUCUAGAUAAUAUAACUCUACUACUCUAUCUUAAAUUUUAUAUUGAUAUUUAAAAUUCUCUAACACUACGUAUAUCCGAAAUAAUACACAAAGUGUACUACACAAUAGUAUUUUAUGAUAUUAUUAAGUGCAAUAUUAAAGAAAAAUAUUGUAUCAUUUUUAUUGCCCAAAUAAUAUUUUCAAUCCUGACCUAAGCGAUAAAUGUAUUGCUUUUACUAUGUGUUUUUUUUUUUUAUAUUUUUAAACAACUUUUCUGACAGAAAUCUAUCUCUAAUCAAUAACUUUAUAGGGACUUUUUUUAUUACCUAGUUGGUACACCACUGAAGAGAUCAUUUUUUAUUUUCCUUGUAGUUUUCUUUAUAAAUGGGAAGACCGGAAUUUUUUCAUACUUAUAUUUUUUGUUGAUUUGUAGGUUACUUCAACAAUAAUGAAAACAUACGAAUAAUAAUACAUUUUUCAGAAUCGUUUUUCAUUAUCAAAUAUAGAUUAAAUUAUUCUGUAAUUUCUCUAUAUUACUCUCCUUUCUAAAUUCUCUUCUAAAACAAUGGCUUGACCAUCAGACAGUAGGUAUCAGUAUUUUUUUUUCGACUUAUCCGGUAGGUACCUAUAUAUAUAUACACGUAUAUUAUUGUGCCACUAUAUUGUAUUAUAACCACCACCAUUAACGUGAUUUCCCGCGUUAUAACGAGAAAAGGUCUUUUCGCAUUAUCCCCUAACCGACGGCCGUGCACAAAGAACUAUCAAAACUAUAUAAUAAUAAUAAUAUAAACUAAAACCAUUAACUCCUUAUAUAUUAUUGUAUACAGGGUACGCGUGGAUAAAAUUAUUUAACCUCUACUUAAAAUUAAAAUGACCGCCGUGGUAUACGCAAAAGUGGAGGAAUACUAUUAAGUACUCUCCCAUAAUAAUAUUAUAAAGUCGGCUGGUAUUAUUAAUCUCUGGUCAGCGAUAAACAUUAGAUGUCGUACGUGGUUAACAUAUUAUUAUUAUUAUUAUUAUUUUUUUUUUUUUUUUUUUUGUACGUUAGUGCUAUAUAAACCAAAAGGUAGGACAUGCAUAAUAAUGAAGUUCUCAUAAUUUUACGUAUGAUAAUAGUUCAAAACGAAAAACGAUUCUGAAUAUAGUAUAUUAAUCGAGUUCUUCCCUCCCGGUUGCUAAGGUACCGACACAGAAAUCCACAAGAGUCCAAAUAAAAGAAUUUAGGCCAGUAUAUAUUUAACAAAUUCGAUAAGUUAUUUCGAAUAAAAUAUCACCGGUUGAAAAUUUCGCAUAUUUUAAAAUAUUACGUAUAUAAAUCUGACGAUUUUUACUAACCCGGUACAUUUUUAAAAAAAAAUAUUAAGAGCAAUUUUUUUAAAAAUUUUUGGAAUUUCGAAAUAAUUUUCAAUUUUAGUACCAUCAGACAAAAAAUCUAUAUAUUUUAAAAUAUAACAUUAAAAAAAAAAACCAUGUUACUAACCUUUGAAGUGAAUUCCGAAAAGAAAAAACACUUCUUUAUAAAACUUAAGCUUGUGCGUUAUAAUCAAAAUAUAAAAUACGAUUAUUUAUACACCAAUAAAAUUGAUGUAAAAACCGUAAUAUUUUAACAGUAUGAUGAAAAUAUCAUUUUAAUUAUAAAUAAUAUUUUGUCACGAUGAAGAUAGGUAACCAUAUUUCAACGAUUAUCUCACUAAUUUUAAUACCAUGAACGACGACUUAUAAUGAAUUUAAACACUGCAUUUAAUAAUUCGGUUUAUACUAAAAUUCUCUCUUCCCAACUCUUUUCAAAGCUAAGCACAUGAAUAGAUAAUAACAUUAAUUAAUUCAUGUUAGUUGUGAAAUGGUUAUAUGUUUAUAUGGUUUAUUAAUUUAGGUUAAAAGGUUUUUAAACUUCAUAAUUUAUAUUUGCAUGGCGAAAAAUAUUAAACCAAGAGUAGGUAUUUUGUUUUGAAAUAAAGAGAUGACCUAAGUUAAAAAAAAAAUAACAAGAAUAGUUCCUAUUUCUGAGUAUAUCAAAUUAUACACUAUUCAAAACUAGGAACUCCACUUGAAUUAUUGAGUAAAGGAAGUAUAGUCAUAUGUAUGACUGUGUCUAUUCAAACAGACUGAAAAUUUAACAUAACAUGUGUCAAAAUUAAAAUUAAAAAAUAGUAAUUUACUUAACAUUGUAUCAUUCACGUUAUUUUUUUUAAAGUAUGAGUAAAAAAAAAUUAAAUUAAAUUAAUAAAGCAAUUAAAUGUUAAAAUCUAAAUUAAAAUUAACUUUUUAACUAUUUAGUUCAAUGUCCAUUUUUUUAUUUAUUUUACACUAUGUUUAAUUCGUUUGUAUUAUUGUUUUAGAUUGCGUUGCGUGUUGCUUCAUUUGAGAAAAGGACAAAUAUCUGCUGAGAUUUUACACAGGAAUUUGUUUUUCGCCGCUAAAGUACUGGAAACUGCUUUUGUUGAUGAGGACCCAUGGUAAGAAAUACAUUAAUUUAUAUUAACUAACGGUAAUAAGGAAAUAACAGGUUUUAGUCAAAAAAUAUAUAGGUAUUAAAAGCAUAUAGAUGAUCUUGUAAGAAAAUCGUUGAUUUCGAGUCUUACGUGUCGACGAAAAAAAUACCCGUUUCCUCCAAAUAUAUCUAUGUUAUACAUAUGGGAAAACAUUGAUUUUUGUAAUUUGAUACUGUAGCGAUGACCCAAGGAAAAGAUCAUAUUUUCCGUAAAAAAAUCUACCUAAUCCUAUGAUAUUUUAUUUACCUGGGAAUCAAUAGAACAUGCAAUUUUAUUGUUGUUGCUAAUGAAAUUAUAUAAAUUUAUUUUUCCUAAUUUUGAUUCAAAUAAUUUGUUUUAUUUAACGAUAAAUUUGAUUCUUGAGCUGUAAUAAAGUGUAUACAUUACUCUAUUUUAAAUAAUAAUAAAAAAUUCUUAAAUAUAUCUUAUAAAAAAAAAAAAGUUCUUAAUAAAAUAAAAAUAGGAUUUAAUUUUUUUCCAGUAUGAUGUCUCCGGUACGCUUAAACUUCACAGUAUUUCAGAUAAUCGCUCGUUUCAUCCAUUCGUCACUAUAACGAGUUGAGCCGAUUUUAGUUUGACAAAGUGACUUUAUCGCAUUUAUUCCGUAAAUUAUGGCGCUUCUAAAUCCGAAUAUUUCGUCGCGUAUAGUGUUUCCAAGCAAAACGCAAAGUUUGCCCGCGUAUUAUAUUUGCAUAAUUUCAGUCGGUAGGAAUAUCACGACAAGCUUUGCUACGGUUUAAAACCCGACGUUUUAGGAUAUUUUGGCAAAUUCAGUUACAUAUGAGUACUCGACUAUUCGGAUAGCUAAAAAAUAUGAAUUCUCUGUGAUCAUUGCAUCGUCCGUGAUAAAUCGCACGGAACAAUUUCAGUUUAAUUUAUACAAAUAGUCAUGUUUUUUUUUUAUAUUAUUAGCAUUAUAAUUAAUAUUUUAUCACGUCAUAAAUUUAACAUUGAAUAAACUUCAUUUAUCAUAAUAUCGAAAUAACACAAUGCUUAUUAUAAUUAUUGAAAUAAUCGUAUGUUACGAUUUGCACAAAUUCGUCUAUAGUAAUAACUGGUUACACAAUAAUGAAAUUAGUUCCGUUUCACCGGUCACAUCGUUAACAAGACUCGUUUAUAAAAGUCACUUUUCGUCGUCCCCUCCAUAAUUUUUAUAACCCUAAAAACUAUCCUUACUAAAUUGUUAGACAACCAGAGUCCAACAGAAUUUAAAAAUUUCGUUCAAAAAUAUAAUUUAACGUUAUAACCCUAAUUAUUUUAAUUUUUGUUAUAAAUACAUAGAACAAAAUGUAUUCAGAUAUUUUUGACCGUUUAGUUGAAGGGGGUUGGGGUAAAUUAUCUAUGGGGUGAGUUUUAACCGGCUUUUAUGUUCGUCGACACCGAUUACCAACUGGUUACCGGCUCACUAGACAUUAAUUAGUGACCGGCGGUGGCUCCUAAAGACAAAAAUAACAAUACGGAAAUAUUACUACGUACGUUAGUGUAGCAAUAUUGCAUAAGCGAAUCGCCGUUUCACAGUAUUUAAUAUAACAAUAGAAAAUCGACGUUCCAAAAUAAUACUAUCGUAUUUGAUACGCGUGCAGCCACAGACCUGCGGGACUUUUGCGGCCUUUCGGUGCACUGGUAGACCAGGGGUUUCCCAAACUUUUUUAUUAAAAAAAUUAAAAGGACUAAGCGGACCGCAAUUCUAAGUUUUUUUUUUUUAUUUAAUCAAUCGAGAAUCGUUAAGAAAAUAACCCGAAUGUUUAAGCCGAUAUGACCGACCUAUAUUUUAAUAUAUUUCAUUUUUCCAAUUGUUCUAGAAUUCGGAUGUUUUGAAAACUUUUUAUUUUUUCGAAUUUCACAUGGAAAUCAGAAACACUUCGUCAGAACUAGAUUUUAAGUUUACCGAUUAAGUUUUAGACCAUUCAAAGAUCUUUUAAAAGACCGGUUAAAAUUUGUUCGUAGGCCGUACUUUGGAUACACCCGACAUUCCUUCGUACGUUUCCCGUAGCCAAGUCUUUUUCGUAGAUUUUUAGGCAUAGUGUAAGCAUAUCAUGCAGUGUACUCAUAUAAAAUAUGUACGAGUCUAUUAACUUUAAACGCGAAACGGACGGAGUCCUUUAUACUCGACGAGUUAAUUAUUCCGGAUAAGAGAACGGUUUUUAUACCGCGUUUUAUCACCGUAAAUAAUCAUCGCGUUGUGCGGGUCACGUACCAUUUUACUUUUAUAAACGCAAUAAGUAAGCUCUUCUUUCUCGUUAAUAAGGUCGCGUACUUAACUUUAACUCAUAUAUUAUUCCGCCAUAAUAUAUAAUAGUAUAUAAAUACGCGUUUAACUCAAAAGGAAAAAAAAUUGUUUUCAAAAAAAUACAUAUUAUUAACAUGCGUUUCGGACCAUCGUUCAGAGUUUUCGUCGACAUAUAUUUGUAGAAGAUUAAAAUUAAAUUUCACCUACGAGUAUAUAAAAUAUUUUUCUACAUAAAAACCGUAUUCGAUUAAACGGUUUUACGUCUCCCUGUAGAAGGCGAUCAGAAUACUUGAUAGCCGGUGUAAAAUUCUGUCAAACAGUAUGAGGUAUUCUAAACAAGACUUUGACGAACUGUUCCAUCUCGUUAUCUAGCGAAAUCACAGCCAAGGGUACCGACUAAUAUUAAGUUCUUGGUACCGCUUCGUCAGUAAAUGGUUGUCGAGAUAUGUCCAACUUUUGAAAUGUAUGAAAAAUAGUCCGGGUGGUCUUUUGAGCCCCAGCGUUGAUCCAUUCUCGGCGCCGAACAGAAACCCGGAUUUCGGCCGCGGUCACGUACUAUGGUCGGCGCCUCACCUACUUACUUGACGGCGGCCAAACCGUAGGUAGACGGUAAGGCGAAUUAGGAAGAUGGAGAAGGGACCACGCUUUGAUGCGUUGUCACACAUCCGAGGCUUACUCUGAACCACUUUGCCUACUGAAUAGCCUAAAACUAAUAUAAGGUGCAUAGUUAUACCAUCGCUUUAUGUGCGGGUUGAAAUUUGGGUUCAUCUGUCCCAUCUCGGAUUUGUAUGGUGGCAGGUGACAGGAGAUACUAUGGUACAUGGUAUUUGUAGAUGAUAUGGCUUUGAUAGAAGACAAUUCGGAAUAAGUUAACAAUAAGCUUGAGGGGGUAUGGAGGGUAGUACUUGAAGAAAAGUGACUAAGGAUAAGCAAAAGUAAACCGGAGUGUGCGUUUAUUUAUAAACAGGACAAGAUAGAUAAAGACAACAAGUAGUGAGUCACCUUUUGUUUAAUAUUUAUUAUAUGUAACGAAAAAAUGUAUAUGUGACUUAAAGGUAAGUUCGUAAGUGAGGUAAGGUAUUAUCGCAUCUGCUACUAUUUAAAAUUCGCAUCCUACAGUUAAAUAUAUAAUACGACGUAGACAAAUGUUUAAAUAAUUAAAAACAUCUACGGUUUUCACGGGUGAAUUAAUUCUGCGGAAAAAUGUACAUGGAACAAAUGUAAAAACUAUACGAAGGUUUAUGCUCAAAACGCAGGUGGCAAUAUAGCCGUUAAUAAUAGUAUUAUAGUCUUUUCUUCGUAAAAAAAUACUAUUAAAAUUACUCACAAAUUAAAAAAAAAAAAUACUCUAUGUAUAGAAAAAUAGUAAAAAAUGUAAAAUUAAAGUUUCAAUUUUGUACAACUUUCGUUUAUUUAAGCUUUUGUACCACGCUACGUAGGCGUUUUUAAAGAUAUUCGUUAAGGCAACAAUAUAUUUUGAUUAUGAAAAUAUAAAAAUUAUAAAUAUAGAACGAUUGACGAUGACGUUUAUUUAUGAGAGAAACCUAUAAAACCAUUAAAGCAAAUUUCACGGAAAUGUCAUUUCUCGAGGUAAUAUUUUGAGUUACCCAAACUGACUGUUAAUCAACUAGAAAUUCAUUUAAUGUAAAAGUAUGUACUUAAAACGGUAAACAAAGUUUUCGGAAAAUGCAAAAUAAAAGUAUCGCUUUUAAAGUAUAAAAUCUGUCACGUGCAUUAAAUUAUAUGCUUAGUAAGCAUCAUCUUAGAUCACUGUCCGAAAAAAAAUGUAUUUUGCAUUGAAAUUCGGGUCUCCUUGGUCUAUCAUAUAUUUUAUUGUUUUAUUGUUAAGCACGUUUAAUAAGUAUCUACUAUAAAUGCGCGUGUGUAAUUUUUUUUGUUUUAUGUUCGCCAUCUACAGCAGCCCAGACGCCAAGCAGAAAGAUACGGGGAACGCGAAGCCGGGCGUAGGCCUAACACAGAAUGUUGUUGCCAUGCCCACCGUUACACCACCAAUCAGACAAAAACGUCUUCGCACGCCCAUCUGGGCAAGGUUGUUAAACAAAUUAAUUAGUUAUGCUUUUUCACCUAUAAAAUACCGUAUAUUUUUUGCAUUUGUAUGAUUAUGGCUUUUGAUAAAUUUUUCCCGCCGCAAACGUGCAUAUGGUAUAACACGUUUUUUUUAAUUUAUAAUCGGUGACCACCAUCUGUUGUAACAAAAAAAAAAAACAAAAAUAUAUUUAUUAAAAAUAGCUUUAUACACUAUACGUUGUGUGCGUAUGAUUUCUAUGCCAGACGUUAUUAUAUCGUCCAUAGAUCGAAAAUGAUGCCAAGAAAAAAAAAUAAUUAUAUCAAAAUUGGGAAUGUUAAAUUAUAUGGUUUAAUUCGAAUUGCUUCGAUUUUCAAACGUUUUUCGUAAAACAAAAUCAUAUCGUUUGAUAUAUUAUGGAAAACUGACCACUUCAAAACACAAGAUUCACUUUUAAAAACACAAACGAGGAAAUUUUGUUUCCCGUUUAUAAGUGAUCUGCUCAUGCACAGUAUUCUCCUGAUAGACGAAUUUUCUCAAUUACGAGAACGAAAUAUUUGUAUUAGUAUACUUUUGAACAUUAUACGUGUUUAAUAUAUAUUUAUUUUUAUUUUUAUUUUUAUUUUUAUUUUUUAAUAACUACCAUGUCGUGAUUGUAACUUUUUUCAUAUUUAUUAUUACAAAAGGGAAAUGUCAUGUUCAUUUAAUUUAAAUAAAACAUUAUGCAAUUAUUGCUAACUCUACAAGUACAAUAUUCACUGAAAUAUUGAUACAGGUACUACUAUUAUUGCCUAAUUAAAUUACUAAAGAUUCGUUCAUAACAUAAACGAAAAGAAUACAAAUUCUAUUAAUUGACUGAAAAAAAAAAUUGUAAUUUCAUUUUAAAAAGAUAAAAAUAAUGACUUACGAUGCACAUAGUAUGAUAUGCGAUAUCAUAUAAUUUAUGAUGUUUGCCUAGUAGCAAUGUAAAUAGGUAAUUUUAUUUAGUCUGAAAUUAUUUUUAUUGGACACCGGUUAAUUUAAAAUCAGCUAUUUUAAAGAGUUUACUUUUAAAUUCUAAAAUUUAAAUUUACAAUAAAACAAAAUAGUUAUAAAUUGGCACAAAACAAAUUAUACGAGUAUAUCUCUGAUUAAUAAAAUAUUGUCUAGAAUAUCUCUGAAAAUAAAAUAUAACAACUUUCAACAACGUCUGGCAAAUCAAUAGAAGUAUUUGCUUUGAAUAUUUUAUAUAUGUGAUUCCAAUUUCACAUUCAUCCGAAAUGUUUAUAGAGACUAAAUAGAGAGUAAUCGAUCACCAUAAUAUAAUAAUAUAUAGAUACAUAAGUAAUAAUACAUUCCAAUACUCAACAGUUUUAAAAUACUUUUUAGUUGAAUCUUGUUAUAAAGCUCAGCGUUAUCGACAAAAUAUCCAUAGGAUCCGAAUUUUAAUGGUGUUUCUUAUCAAUUCGUAAUUUUUCUGUCGUGUCGUGUGUAAAUUCAUGGCAAUGAUAAAAAAAAUCUAGCAUAUUAUAUUUGUAAUACAUAAGAUAAAAAAAAUGGCACAUUAAAAAACAUAAUCUAAACAUGUCGGUGUCUAUAAACCUACAGAUCCAGUAGAUAUAUCCAAUAGUAGAUCAUGUAGAAUUUGUAGAUCCAGUUGAAUUUUGUAAAGCGAGGUUAUUAUUAAACAUUUUUUUUUUUUUAUCUUUUUACAACACUACAUCUACACAGGUGUUUGAGGAUAUAAUUGUAAAUAAGCUGCUCGAGUGUAAAAUGAUGGCAACUAAUUGCAACAAGUGCUAAGUGAAACUGUAUUUGACGUGCAAAGUUUGUAUGCCAGAUGCACAAACGAAAACAUAUUAUAGUAUACUUGAAUAUUUGAUUUUUGAAAUAAAAUUAAUUUUUAAACCCUCAAGGAAACGCCGGUGCAAUUCCCAACGCAAUUUAUAACAUAUUCAAUGUUGAACAAAAACAUAUAAAAUAUAUAAACAUUAAACAUAAUAUUAUAUUCGGACAGUAUUACAUUAUAUUGGCUUUAUAUUCGGGUUUUUGAAAUAUCGUUAGCUAACUCCCGGCUUAAUAUCGGAAGUCGAAUUUUAGAAUAUGUUUAGAUUCUGAGCGGAUUAUGAAAUGUAUUAGUUUUAAUAUGAUGUGUUUUUUAAAUUCUGAACGGAAAAAGGAAUGUAAUGAUUUUACAGUGAUGAUUUUUUUUUUUUGUCUGUGAACAACUUUUCUAUCAGAAAUCUUGGUAUAAUUUUUUUCAGGAUAUCUAACUGGGCCGGUACUUUAAGCAAGUAAUUUUUUAAUUUUCCCAAAUAUUUACAUAAAGAGAUUUGCAUACAGUAGAUGAGAUUACUCUUCUACUAUACUCUUAUAUUUACCUAAACAGGAUAAAAUAUAAUUACUCCGUAUACAUACACAAAAAUAUAACAAUAAUUUAAACCACCAUAUAAGACAUAUAAAAUUAACAUAAUAUAAUAUGUAAUAAAUAUGUUAUUACUGUUAUUAUUUAUAGAUUAAUCAUCUUGACAAAUAUCAUCGUUUCGUUACCCGUAAUACAUUUUUUUAUUGAAUUAUUAAUUCAGGCAUAUUUUUAAAAUAAACUCUACAAAUUAUUAGUCUUUUGAAAUGUUAUUGGCAAUAUAUAUUAUAAAUAUAUUAUUUUAUAUAAAAAUAUAUUUUUUUUUUUUUUUUUUACUAUAUAGGAAAAUGGAUUAUGAUCAAUUUUCCAUGGAUCAGUAAAGUCUUAUAAAAAAAAAAAGUUAUACAUGUAUUAACACUAUUCGAAAACUUUUCUCGAGAGAAAGCUCUAUAGAAAAAUGAAAACAAAAACCAAGUGCGCGGUCGUAUAAAAUGUAUUUUUCAUAUCAUAAAAACGUUUACUUUACUUCUUAAACAUUAUAUACAAAAAUAAUAAUAAUAAAUGAAUAAAUAUUCGGUAGGUACCUGUAAAUAAUUUUACCGAAAAUUAACAAAAAACUCUUUAAAUAUAAAACUUUCGAAACAAUUUGGGCUGCGCUUUAAAAAAAAAUUUAAUUCAAAAAUCAAUAUCAGUAACUUUAAAGUCACAUAAAAAAGCUGUCGGUAACCGUUAAGCAAUAAUAUAGACAAUUUUUGGUUUUCAGUUUUUAAUUUGAAGUAGUUUCACGGAGAACAUUCUUCUAUCACAUCAUCACGACUUUUACAUUUGAUUAUCAUAAUAAAUUAAUAACUUAUUGUAAAAUAUAUAAAUUAUAAAUUGAACAUUUUAAAAUUAAAAAAAUUAAAAAAAACAUACAUACUUCGCACGAUGGGUGGGCCACUGUUAUAGUUGGAAAUGCAGGAUAUAGACCGGAAUUGAAUGUAUAUCUGUAUUCAACAAUUAAUGAUUAAUAACAAAAAUCGAUUCUGAGCAGAGUUUGGUUUUACGUGUUUCAAAAAGCCGUUAUAUUUACGAAAUUCAAAAUUAAAAUUUACUUUUCAAAUUCUUAUAAAAAAAAAGGAAUUUUACAUUAAACUCAAUUUUUCUUAUUGACUACAAAUAACAACUUAAAAAUGAACCUCCAGUUAAAUCUUCAUGGGUUUCUGUUUGGUAUAACAAUUGUAUCCACAAAAAUUACGAAGGAUAAUUUCUAUAAAUAUCUCAAAAAUGGAUACAUAUUUUCUGCGUUUAGAAAAGGCAAAUAAAACUUUUAUGUCUAAAUUUAGGUCUACUAAUAUUUUUUGCUAAAAAACAAAACUGAAAAUAAUAAAGGUAUUAUUUUCGUACAUUUUCCCGUUUUUCCAGUCAUUAAGAAAACUGUUAAGAAAAUAAAAAAAUUACCUCUAUAAAGUACCAACUGGGUGAAAUUUAUUUUCAGAAAUGAUACACUUGAUACAUUGGAGCAAGAUUUCAGAUAGAAAUUUCACACAUGGUGUAAAAAAAAAAUUGUAAAAACCAUCACGUUCCUCGCUUCGUUCAGGAUCUAAAAUUUUAAUUUUUCUGACACUAUAAUUUUUUUCACACGUUAAAUUAACAAAUACAAUAAGGGGUUAAAGAAUAUAAUUUAUAUUAAUAUAUUAAGAUAGAUUGCAUACUGUAGACAAAAAAUAAUACAAAUUAAUGAUGAAAUAAACAGAUGAAAAAUCAUACAUUUUAAACAAUAACCUUUUGAACGAUAUGUUUUACGUACGAUUAUUCUCUCAUUUACUAUUAAAUAAUCUAUUUUAUGAGACUUAAUCGACGACAACGCUUAAAAUCUUAAAAUAUACAUAUAUCUAAUAAGAAUAAAUUUGACAACCUUAUUUAAUUAUAUAUCGAAUAAACAAUAACUAAUCGUUGUAAUCAUUAUUAUAUUUAAAAAAACCAAUCGAUUUGACUUAUAGCUUUAUAAUAUAUCGGAUUUAUUUGAAAUUAUGAGUGCAGCGAGAAAUAAAUUGGUUUUUUCCCUGUUUAGAAUCAACUUUUUUUUCCAAAAAUCUUUAUCCAAUAAAAAAAAAAUUCAGGUGAACUUUUUUUUUUUUACUUUUUGUACCUGGUUGGUGCAAUGAGGAGGUCAAUUUUUAAUAAUCCUAAUAGUUUUCAUAGUAAUCUAUGAUAACCAAGAAAAAACGUGUAAAUAAAACGGAAAAUUAUACAGCAACAAAAGCUUCAUUGUUUGCUAGUUUUUUUGUUUUCUUUCGAAAUUCCUGCUCCAAAUAUCAAUUAAAUGAUUUUUUCCGAAAGAUGAUGUUGUACGGUUAGUGCAGAAGAAGAUUGUAGUUUUGAUUUUCCAUGAGGUUUUCCUAAUAUAGAUAUUUAUACCGAGUUUAUCGCAUUGUUAUUUCUAGAUUAUUACAAUAAAAUAUAUAUACACCUAAAUUCAAUCAUCAUUUGAACCGAGAGUAAUGCGCACUUAAAUAUUAUACGACAACAUGCAACUAUUAAUAUAGACACAUACUAUUAUAUAUAUUAGAUAUCGAUGGAAUAUUAUAUCGGCCAUUAAACGUUUUACGUUUAUAUGCUUAGUUACGAAUUUAUAGACGCAUCAUCGUUUAUAUAUGUUUAUUUAUUUAUUUAUUUAACGGGCCAGUAAUUUGAUCCAUUAAAUAUAAAAUUGAAUUUGAUUAAAUUUUUAAAAGGUGAGUUUUUAUGACAGUCCUUUUUUUUCUCCUUUUUGUACGUAACCAAAAUCAAUAAAUGAGAUACUAUUUAAAAGAUUCAGUUUCCCUCAUUUUAAGAAUUGUUAACUCAGAACUUUACCAUCUAUAUAAUUUGUUUAAAAUUUUAUGUUUGAUGUGAAAUUUUGUGUGUACAUUCUUGGUUGGUCAAUUGGUUGACCGCAAUACAAAUUUAGUUUCCCAUUUAGAAACGAUGUAGGUAAAGGAGAAAAUAUUUAAAAAAAAAUAUACGUAUGACAGACGACUGUGGCCAUACUUGUAUAUUGGAUCACGUAUAUACAAGACUAAAAAAUAUUAAUAGCUACACCGAGAAAAUAAAGAAAAAUCUAUAGAAAAAUAUUAUUUGAAAAACAAUAAACAGCCGAAUACUAUGAAAAAUACACUAAAAUUAUUUGCAUUACUUUGAAAAAGAAAAAUGAAAUUUGAGCAUGACAUUGGUAAGGUCGAGAAACCAAAGUUGAAUCCCCCAAAAGACACAUGUCCUUGAUACUAACGCCAUGUAAAAUUGCACGCUUCUGACUUCGUUGGAUGGAGAUCUGUAUAGGUGUGUUCAAAGCUAAAAAAAUCCAUUUUCAAUUUAACUUUUAUCAUUCCAAUCCUACUAUAAAACCACUCGAGUUACCAAAAUCAUAUUUAAUCCACAGGGAGGGUGUUCAAAAGUAGUGAAAAAAAUUAUACAAUAGACACAAUAAACAACAAUAGUCUCUAUUUACGAAAACCAUAUGAAAAAAAAAACCCGAAUACAGAAAACUCGUUUUAUACGAUAAGCACAUAUUAAAAUACGUGAUUUGUUGUAUUGUAAACAUUGUGUUAAAUUUUUCAACCGAAUAACAUUUUAAAAUAAAUUUAAAACUCAUUGCGAGAGGUUUUUUGCAAUAAUACCGAUAAAGAGAAAUGAUAACGUUAUAGAACUAUUAAGAAAUCGUAUAAAUAAAAAAACUUCUCGAAUUCUUUUGCUUUUACGAAUAACUAAAAAAAAAAAUAGGUAAGUAAGUAAAUAACUGGGACGUUGUAAAUUGCGUCCCAAUUUUAAUUUUUAUGUAAAUUGCGGCCUGAGUAUGUUUAAAAUAUAGUAUCCGAAUUACAUAGCACUUUAAAAUCGCUUAAUGUAGAGAAGUCUACUAUUUAUUUCUUUACUAUUAACUAAUAAAACCUUUUCAUUUUUAUGUGUUUUAAAUUCUUUGUUGUCAAGAAUGUUGUGUAAUUCCAAAAAAGUGUCUGGUGAUUUUGGUAGUAUUGAAGCUCGAGCAUUGUGUAAAUUUCGUUCAGUCAACUUUAUGUCUUGAGUAAUUAAUGAUUCGACAUUUUUUAGUUCAGAAUGAAUAAUUUUAGAUGGCUUAGUAAACAUAUCGUCAACGGCAUUCUUUUUAAAUUUUUGUUAAAUUUCUGUCGAUUUAUUAUUUGUUCCAAAAUAUUUUAAAAUGACUGUGAUAUUUAAAACUAUUUAUACGCACAUUAUUAUUAUUAAAAUUCAAAUAUCAUUUACACGUUUUAACUGUGCAACACCACCGUUGAAUAUCAUUUUGCAGCAAUUUGUGAAAACUAAAUUUGAAACCAUCAGCUACUUUCAACAUUUUUAUUAAAUGUUGAAAGUAGCUAACCUAACAUUUCGCUUUUCAUAACGUCCAUUUUUAUUAAAUUGAAAAAAAAUAUAAACUGUAGAGAAACGUAGAACCUCGUGCGAUCCGACUUUCACGAUUCAAUCAAAUGCACACUGGUUGCUAGUAAUAUUAUGUUAGUGAACAUAUUAUUAUCUACAUAUAUUAAUAUUAUUAAUCACAGAUUAAUACUUAUCUUUGAAUUGUAAAGCCGGCCGGCAAAAACCCGGGAUGUAUUUGACGUACGAUUCAAAUAAACCCGCAACGCGAUUUACGUAUGUAUUAAAAGUACACGGGCCGCAAUUUACAUAGUGUACGACUAUGACCUUUUUUUGGGGGACUCAAUUUACCGACUCCGAAGUAACCUACAACAAAACAACUGGCGGCAUUCGAAUUGCAUCCAAAAAUUAUAUUUUAUCCGAUUUGUGUCCGUAGUUUUCCCACGACGCUUCAGAAUUGCGUCAGUGGGUUCUUAAUGACGGAUACGAGCUGCGUCCGCAAUUUUCGCAAAACAGGUCAGAGUCACGUUUCCAUUGGUAAUUUAAGUACACAUAUUUGCUUUCCCACUUUAAAAGCAUUGCGGAUGUUCAAUUAUAAAAAUAGUGUGGUCGAAAAUUCGUGUAUUAGGUAGCUGUAUAUAGCUAAUAUAUUAGUAUUAUAAAUUAUAAAUUAUAACAUUCAGGUACGUGAACGUUUUGAAAACGAGAGAACCGCCUGUAAACGUUUUCGGAAAACACUUUUGUAUCCGUUAAUACGAACAAUCAAAUAUAAUUGUUUUUUUUUUUUUUUUUUGUUUUUCCUUGGAUAAUUUUAAUUAUUUCGCGAUUUUGCGAGAUUUUGUGUUGUUGCAAAGUUGAAGUUUAUGGGUAAUAAGUACGCUCAAACAACAGCAGUGGACGUCGCGGUAGUUAACUGACAUUAAUACGAACGAAAUUCAUGUCCAGCUAUAAAUAGUUUUCGGCGGUAUUUACAGAUAAGACACACCGACAAAACUGGCCAACACGCAAAUACAAUACAAGUACAAUAUAACCGAACAUACUGUUAUUGUGCAGAAUAGUAUCUAACGAUAGCAAUCGUGUGGACAACACUCGGAACGGUGAACGAAUAACCGCGGACGCGAUUCGGUUGCCGCGGCGUAUAUUUUCCGUUGUAGAGACGCGAUUCGUAUGCGGCCGUCGAGACACGAGGCGUGGCGUUCGGUUUUCGGUUAGCUGUUCGUGGCUAAACGCGUUAGCGUUAUUGCUUUCGGGUUUCGUCCCGUAAACGUCAAUUGUGUCCGAAUUUUUUUUUUUUUUUUUUCCCCGGAUAACGCAAUAUACAGCCCGGAAAGGCCGAAAACGAACGCGAUUUAAUAAGGAAACAGUGCAACGUUGUUUAUCGCUCGGUCGUCGACAAUACAUUUUCAUUAUCGCGAUCUAUAAAUUCGCACGGGCAAAAAAUAUAUCUAUUCGUAUUUGUAUACAAUAUUAUUUGACAGUGCGAUCGUCUCGCAGAAAAAUCACUAUCCCGUCGUCAUUGUAUCCAGCUACCUUCACAUAUUUACACAAGUAUAAUAUUAUAUACUAUCUUUUUAAACGUUUUUGAUGAAUGCGAUAAAAUUGACUUUUCCUCCUUCUCGAUACACAUACAGAGGGAUUCUUUUUACCAUGAACCGUCAUUUUUCUCGGAGGAUUUUAAGUAGGGCUUCCGGUUUAGUACGUGUAUUCGCGUACAUGUGUUGUACAUGUAAUCAGUACGUUAAAUAAUUAAAUUUACAAGAAUAUACAAGAAUGUAUACGUGUAUUUAAUCACACAAGUUCUUGAAGUUUAAAUUUAUCGUUUAUGUAUUAUGACCGUUUAAAGUUUAGAUCGGGGGAAAGGGAAGGGUAAUAAAUUGCAUAUUUAUUUUUAAAUAAUAAAUUGAUAAUUCUUCCCUAUGCCUCCUAUGAUCUAAACUUUAAACUGUUAUAACUCGUGUAUAAUAAAUCUGAUAUUAGUGUUAUGCAUAUCAAAAUUUCUAAAAAAAUAUACACUAUUUUAAUCUGUGUUUAAAAAAUAAAGGGGAGAGGGGUCCUAUUUGAAAACAAAAAGUACAUAAUUGUUUAAAGUAUAUGAAGAAGGGGUAAAAAUAUUAAAAUUUAAACCCAUUUCACGAUAGUUUUUUUUUUUUUUUUACCUUUUACAGUCCGUGUAGGACCUUCGCCGUUUCAACCACUCCUCUUCAUUUAUCUCUGUUUUCGUUGUCUUCAAUUCUCGUUCCUUGUGAUAUUCCAGUAAUAUCUAUUUUCACCCCUAUCUUUCCAUCUUUAUCUCUGUCGACCCCUAGGCCUUCUUCCGUUCAGUUUCUUAAUUUCCCAGUUAACGAAAACUUUUUUAUUUCUAUUUUAUUUUUUUGUAUCGGAAAUUUGAUUAUUCAAUUUUAAAUAGGUAUUAUUUAUACGUUUGAAGACAAAUUGAAUUUUUAUUUGUUAAAAAACAAUAUUUAAGUUUUCAAUUUUUACAGCGGUGUUAUAAUAUAUUUUGUUAAAAAACUGUAUACAGUUUUUAUAGAAAAUGGCAUUUGAUUGUCAUAAAAACUAUUUAAAAAUCGGUAUCGCUGCACGUAUCUGCGAACCCUUUCGUCGGAUCAACAUCGCUCAGAGUUUUUUUCUUUUUAUUGACGACAAUCACAAUUUUACGAAAUGUUAGACCCACCAAUAAUAUAGUAAUGACAGUGUGUGCGUAUCAAACAUACAUUUGUAAAGAUACAUGGUAGACCUGGAAAAUGGCUACGUGAAAUCAACAUAAUCAAUCGCGUAUUUUAACCUAAAUCAUUAUUUUGCUAUUGAUUUGUAUUAUCGUCUGUACAUGACUCGUCGGAUAUUCGAGAUGAUAGUAACAAUGAUAUUAUUAUCUGUUAUCAAUAAAUCUUGCAGUUAAAAAACGAUAAUGUGGUGGCAGUGGUAUACCUACUUCCUUUAUGCGGAUUGGUAUUCGAACGUCAUCCGGGCAUUACUAUAAUAUUGUUCAAGGUUAGAAUGUCUCUUCGAUUUUUCAUGAUCGAUACGAAAGAGUUGUGUACACAGUUUGCUAAAUGACUAUAAUAUUAUAGGUACGGGUGAAUUUGAAAAACUUGGGGGAUACAGGAUUUUUUUGUGUACGAUUCAAUUUAUUUUUAUUUUUAUAUGAUAAUAACGAAAAGGAUAAAAAAAAUCGGAUUGUAAAAAAAAAAAAACGAUAAAAAAAAUAAAUCGAGAAGAUAAUUUAUAAUAACAAGUGGCCAAAAAAAAAAAUUAAAUUCGGUAAGAUGAACGCGCUCUAGUGAUGGCGCCCGGUCACAUAUCGCGCCAGUCGCUCUUGCAAAAGAUGAUAUUGUUACAAAAUUUCAACGGAAGAUGGCAGGACAGUGUUUUCGCGGUUUUUUAUAUUAUAAUUAUCGAUAAAUCGGAAUAUUGUUCGCAAAUAUUUUAUCGGUUUAUUCUUAAUAAUAAGUCAGUUUAUAAACGGGAGUUACGGAAGAAUAUAAUGAACAAACUCUUAAAGAGAUAAUUUAUACAUGUCAGUAAAGAAUAAUGUGUAUUCAACUAUAUAAGAUUCCAAAAAAAAAUUAAGAAUAACGUAUAACGGGGUGACUUUGAUAAUAGGGGAUGAGAUUUAUUUUUAUUGGAAUUAUUGAUUUUUGUGUGGCUACACUGUUUGUAUAUGAACGUUUACGUUUUUCUUGACAGAUGACGUUUAAGAGAUGAUAAUAUUUCUCAUCGAUACAAUCGCAUUUUCUUUGUUGAUCUGUCCAUUGUGUAAAGUUUUGAACACGUCCGUGGUUUUUUACAUAAUAUUUUGUGUCUACGUAAAAAUAUCGCCGAAAAGUAAGUCGUACGGUACAUAAUAUUUAUUUUUUUUAACAUUGUUUAAUUAAUACGCAUAAAAGCAGUGGCGGACGUAGAGUGUAGAUACAGCACACCGUAACACCCACCGAAAUUUCUUUCCGGACUAUUUAAGUAUAACGCACAUCUACUCGGUCGUCCUGUCAAUAGUGUAAUUGAAAUUGUAUUCUCGAAGUAAGAUAUUUGUUAUAAUUUUACUUUGAAUUCAUAUUAUACCAUAAUAAUGAUAAUAAUGGUUUUACAGUAUCAUUAGUUUCGUUUUAGAUCAAUUUUUUUGGUGAAUCACAAAUAAAACACAAGUUCCCACAAACGAUCCUGACAAACGGCACCACUGAACCAGUUGGCAGUAAUCUAUUUACAUUUUAUUUUGAUAUUCUUUUUAUGUACUUUCUAUACGUACAUUCAGUAUUUACUAUAAUUACAAUCAUCAUGGGAUUAUCUGUUCCAGUGGUUCUCAAUCUGUUGUGGUUCGUGUCAAAUUUACCUCCAAUAACCAUUACGUCACAAUACCAUUAAAAUAUGCAAUGAAAUGAUAGGUUGUAAACAAUUAAAACUGUAGAUUUUAUAAAAAAAAAAAUAAUAAUAAUACUAAUAAUGGUUUCAUUGUAAAUUAUAAUUAAUUAAUUACAAUACACAGGAAAAUAAUAAACAAUUUUACUAAUUAUAAAUAGUUUAAAGAUAAGAAUUUCGUGAUUUGGCUACUUAGGAUACACAAUUCUCAUUAGCAGCGGCAUUGUUGAACAAUGAAGUUAGAUUAGGUUGGUGGGGAAGGAUAAUGAUAUUGUUUCGACGAUGGUGGUGAUUGCAUAACGGAGACUGCAAUAAUACGAUUUAAUUCGAAAAAAAUAGAAUUCUCUUAUUUUUUUUUUUAUCUUUUUAUCGAUAAUUCAUAUCACCUGUACACUGGGCCCAUGUCACCCCGGUUUAGAACCACUGAUCUAUUCUUUGUAUACAGGAAACACAACCCAUACCUACUUAAAUGUUUUCAUAACCCUAGUCAAUAAAUUUAAUUUAACUUAUUUUAAUUAUACGAUUGGAUCACUAAAAUACAACUUUGUUUUGCCUGGUAUUUCUUACCUCCCAGUAACAUUUUAAAACCACUGUACAUUAGCUGCCAUACACAAAAAUAUUUUUAUAUACAACACUAUUUACAGGUAACAAGUUUGAAUAUUCAUUAAUAUUUUUUUAAAAAAAAUCACCUAAUUGAAUGUAGAAAAUAUUUAGUAGCAAUGUUUAUUUUGGAGAGGGAUCAUAAAUAAUAACCGGAUGACUUUGAUGUCAAUUAAAAGUAUUUUUUUUUUUGUUUUGUUUUUUUAGUGGGUUGUAAAUAAAAAUAAACAAUUGGGUGCAAACCUUAUGACAAUUAUACUAAUUCUACACUAGACUACGGUUUGUCAACUCUAGUAGUUGGUAAUUAUCAAUUUGAACCGCUAGUAAAUGGUUUAAUAUAACCUUAAGGUACACUGCAUAGUUUUUUCACUGGUGAUCAAUAAACUAAAAGAACUAGAGGCCAUGAUAACUUUAAUUUUUUUGUGUAAAUUAUGUAAUUAUUCUUUACUUUACAUUUAGCAACUGAUGUGAUAUAAUAGGUAGGUAACUUUUUCAUACCUACCUAUAUGUUAAUGUUAUCUACAUAAUGUUCCCAAUUUAUUAUAAUAGUUAUAAAGUUAAUGUUAUAUAGUUAAUAUUAAUUUGAAUUAUUCAAAGUAGUUACCAAACAUUCUUUGUUAAAAACAAUUCUAUCAAAUAUUAAAUGUUAACCAAAUAAUGUAGUAUAUCAAAGAGACUGUUUAUUUUCAUACAUACUUACUUUCUUUUUAAAUUUGAUGUACUCUUGUUAUUCUUUUCAAAUUGUCUAAUAAAGCUAUAAAUGUUACUUAUUUAAAGUCCUUUCAAAGUCACCUCGUUUAACAUUAUACAUUUUAAACAAUUUUUAAACUAAUGGACCAAAUUGUAUGCUAGUCAAGAACAAUAGGUUUCUAUGCAAUGUCAUCAAUUUGAUACACAAAAAAUAGAGGGAUAAAAGUAACUCCACAUGUGGUGUAAGAUUAAUAGGAACAUUAAAAAUAUAAUAUUUCAAAAACUAAAUGAUAUUUUUGAAAUAUUACCAUACCUAUAAUUUAAGACAAUAUUAAACUUAAAGUAAGGACAGUUAAAAAAAAAAAGGAAAAUACUUAUAAACUUAAAACCUUCAAAUAUGUUAAUAAUAUGCACUAGAAAUACUAAUCAUUUAAAAUUUUUAAAAAACCUACCCAAAUAUUACCUAUUUAAUUUAAUAGAAUGUCAUACCAUAACCAAAAAUAGUUUUGCUAUAAUGAAACUAUUACAUUCACUUAACUAGACAUUGGGAAAUUGUAUUAAAUAAUUUAUGAAAUUGGUUGAUUUAUACAUAAAAUAUAUUUAACUCCUUUUUUUUUAGAUUCUGAGUGUGUGGUGAAGAAUGUAUUGGUUUUAAAAAGUUAAAAGUUUUUUUUUUUUUUAUACUGUGUACAAAANAAGAGAAUGUUCAAAUGGUACUUUUGACAGAUAAUUUUUUGAUUGAAGCGGUUUUCAAAAUAUUUUGGAAAAAACAGAAUAAAACGUUAGAAAAACAAUAAAUUUACUUUUAAAAUACUUUUAUUAUAUUUCAAUUGUUAUAAUUCAGUUAAAAAUAUUCAUGGAGACUUGAAAUUUGGACUUAUAUUUAAAAACUUAUAUUUGCCUUUUUUAGACAUGGUAAAAAAACCAAUCUAAAUAUGCACAAAUAAUUACCAACAUAAAAUUAAAUAUUUUCUUUUUGUUGAUAUACAAACAGUAUAAGAUAUUUUAGCUCUAAUGAUGUAAGACCCAAAAGCAUUUUAACGGCACGCAACUGACAUUGGUCAGACGAAAAUAUGCUCCGAAUCUAAAAGGUCGAAAAGAACUAUAAUUGUGACGCGCAAACGAAUACCCCGAUAUAAAAGGAGCAAAAUAGCCCAGCAAAAACCGGUGUGGGUUACUAAUAUUCGUAUGUGAAAUAGGAAUUAAUAUAUUUUAAAACCUUAAUUGUGAUUUCCCCGGCCCCUUCAAUUAUUGCUGUAUUCUAAUCCACCCUCUUCAAUGUUAUUAUUAAUUAUUUAGCGUCUAUACGGACGUCAUAAAACGAAACGAUAAAAAAAUGUAAUGUCUCUGUAAAUAUUAUAGCCGAUAGCCGAACGAUUACAACACAAUCGUACGUAUUAUCGUCUGCAUUAUUUUUUUCUGUUUUUUUUUUUUUUUUUUUUUUGUUAUUUACAAACAUUUACCGUGGAUAUUCUGUUCAUUCUUUCAGACGGUAUUAUAGACGCACUCGUAAAAUCGGGAACAGUAAUUCAAUAAUUAAAAAAAAAAAAAAUUUAAAAAAAUUAUCGUUGCGUUAUUACAAUUGUUGUCAUUUCGAGAUAAGAGAAAACUUAAAAAGAACUAUCAACAGUGUUUAAGGCGCGCAAACAUCGCGCGUGACAAUCGAAAACCCCGAGCUGAGUAUAUAUCGAUUUCGAAUAUUGAAUAACACGCUAGGUUACGCGAAUGCGUACAGGUACGUCACUCGUAAGCACGCUGUUUUCGCCUCAUGUAAAUAACCGAUAACGCGAGCGUUCGCGACACCACGUUGGGCGAUCAAAAAGCUUCUUAAAUCUGAAUACUGUGUAGAACGGUACCGUUAAACGUUUCCGAUAAUAUUCUUACGAUUAUAUUAUUAUUACCAAGUUGUUAAUCGCGUGUUGUUCAAAUAUCCCGACUCGAGUGCGUGUGGUGUCUGCACCACUCGUAUACACAAUAAUAUAAUAUUACGAUGAUUUUAUCGAUAGGAAAUAAUAUAUAGGUAAUUACUAAAACAAAAACAAAACAAAAAAAAAAAAAAAAUACGCGCCUAUAAACGAUGUCACGAUAGUACAACGACAGGAUGUUAAGUACAUUCGAUUUCAAUUCGUCUGCGCAGUUCGAAACAUACCGUCACGGUUGUCGUCGUCGUUCUCCCUAAUACUACAGCGAAUACAAUAUACAAUACUAUAGUAGUAGUACAGAGGGUUCGUGGAUUUUAAAUACCAUACAGACCUCGGCAAUUAAAACGAAUCUUACGUGUCUAGUAAUUAAUAAAAAAAAAAUUUUACACCGACGACGAAAAAAUCUGACGGUACGCCGGUAUUUUCGAGUCCUGUAUAGGUACCGUUGAAUAUUUGUUUUGUUUUAUUUUAUUCAUUUUUAUGUUUUUUAUUUUUUUUAGUAUAAAUAUUGUCUUCUUGAAAGUGUGCGGCCGUUUAACGAAUAUAAUGACGAAUAACGACAAAGUUCUACCGCGGUACGCUGGGUAAUAUACAAUAAACAUUUUGUUGAUUUAUAAUAAUAUUAAUAUUAUAUCCGUGGAAAGAACGCAGAAACAGUCGCGAAAUUUCGAAAAUACCUGUGUAACAGUUAUCAAUACUACCUACUGUAUUCCUGUUAUUUUCUCUGUAGGUAUGUGAAUAUUUUCGAAAUCUAUAGGUUUUCAUCGGACUAGUCUCGCGUUGUACCUAAACUAAACAAAUCUCGUUGAUUUUCCAAAUUCCUCGCAUAUUACACUAUCUAUUGUGUUUCGAUAAAAAUAAAUUAUAACGAUAUCAUCAUUGUUAUAUUGGCCCAUAUUUAUAAUAUUGCAAUUAAAAUUACUAAGGAAUUCAAAAAAAAAAACAACCUCUUCAAUCCAGCAACUAGGUACACAGUUCUAUAAUAUUUAAUAAGGCUCUCUUGUCGUUUAUGGUUUGAAGUUUUCUAGUGGAAAAAUACCAAUUCCUAUAUUAUGAAAAUCCGGAAUCUACGAAUCUUUCGCUAAUGGCCUUUUUUUUUUUACUUUUUUAUAAUUUCCGAAUAUAAAUGGUCGUGCACUCCCCCGCACAGCGCCCGCCCGGCACUUGACCCAUAGUUUGGUUAAUCUACAAUGGUUUGCCGCGGGCAUUAGACGUUCUAGUUACGCCACUGUGGUUACCUCGUACGAAACCCUUCAACUCGUAUUACGUGUAUAGUCGAUAUAUUGAAGACGUGUUCACUCAAUACGCGAAUUCGUGCGCCAUUACUACAAUAAUCACACACAUAAUGACAUUUGAAUUAUAUUAUAUUGAACGCAAUUGUCAUGUUCUACGCACUGGUUAAUAUCGUCAUAACGUAAACAUAUAUUCGUCAUUCGAUCAUCCCUCGCCGGGACUUAUUUCCAUGUGUGUGCUACGGCAUCAAUGUAGUUUUACGAAAAAUCGACGAAAUUUAGAUAGGUUACUCGAGGCUCGACAGACAGAAAGUAAGUCGAUUAAGUUUUUGUGCGCGACUAAAACAAAUUUCGAAUUCGAACAAUUCAUCAUUCGGCGACUAAGCGCAUAUACGUACCUAUACGUACGACCGAUUCUCAUAUUUCUCGCACUAGGCGCUACUAGAAUAAAGCGGUGACUAAACGAAAAAAUACGAUUGUUCAGGAAAUCUGCAAUUUGAAAGUUUAAUACAAAACGGUAAUAAUUUUACGGUCCACAAAAAAAAAAAUGUCUAAAAAAAUCGGUCGCAUUUUGAUUUUCGGCCAAAUAUUGCCCUCGUGAAUAUGACCGUAUACACGGUUAACGCAAUAAAUGUUUUCGACGAAUAUACUUUGUUCCGUAUGAACGUAGAUGGCGGAACUAUAUAGAACUAUAUAAAAAAAAAAAAAAAAAACAGAACAAAAAAAGAGAAAAACAAUUACGAAUCCAUUAAUACACUGAAAACACGGCAUUCGUAUGUGUUCAGUAAUGUCGCAAACGGCAAUGUGAACAUCCAUUUUAAUAUGUCGGCUAAAGAAAGAUUUUUUUUUUUUUCAUUUCUAAUGUACAUCUAUAUUAGCUUAUUCCGAAACCGGACGAGUGUUACAGCACAAUAUUUUAACGCGCGAUUAAUCACCCCGUAUCCGUAAUAUACUAUUGUAAACUGCAGUCUAUACAUUAUAAUAUAAUAGUUGCGUAAAUUUCGAAAUUCAUUACGCGCUGAAAACGGAUCGUUUAGCAUAUCAAAAAAAAACCCACGAAUAAAAGUCGAAAUAUUUUUCUCGUUCGCAAGCGCGCAUGUGUGUGUGUGUGUGCAUGUGAACAAUAUUCAAAGGCUUUUGUAUGGAUUCCGAACAAAGCUGGCAGAGCUAUUAUGUACAGUUUUCGCAACGCAUUAUUUUUCUCGUGAAAAAACGCCGUUCGACGUGUAAACGCUACCGUUUUUUUUUUUUUUUUUUUCGGCACACUUCUCAGAUAAAUAAUAAUCGAUCGUGGAUCGCGUAAUAUGAUUUUUACGUAAAUGCAUUGACGUUUAUCGGGAUGCUGGCGCUUCGGUUCUACAGUUUUUAUUAUACAGACGGAAUUCGAAUUUUUUUUAUUAUUAUUAUUAUUAAUACCAAUAUACUAUAAUUCUUUACAGAAUCGCGUUCGAUAUGUUCUUGUGUCGAUUGAUAUUUUCGAUUCAAAAUUCUCCGGCUCUGGAAACGAAAACAAAAUUAUUCGAGUCAUAAACCAUCACGCAAGCGAAUCCGACUGUAAUUAUUUCGACUAUAUCGAUCACUGCGGGAAAUACACCCUAUAGAUAAAAUCGUCUAAAAGCUAAUCUAUAUAACGACAUGCUAAUCACUUUUAUCGUGAUGAAAUUAUCGGGUAUAUUUCUGAGCACCAUAGAGCACCACACUAUGCGGUACAUAAAUAUAUUUUCGAAAAGCAAAAUCUAUAUAAUAUACCGCGCCGUGUGGUCCGAUAAGUUCAUAAUUCCUUUUAUUGUCUUUCACUUUUUUUCCAAAACAAUUACCCAACUUGACCUUUUUCAAGAUAUAACGAUCGGAAUAUUUUCAGUUAAAUUAUGCUGGAAAUCUAAAACGCGUCUCCGCGAAUAACCUUCGUACGCGCGCAACGUUAUUAAUCAUAUCAUUACUCCGUAAUAACACUGUAAUAAUUAUGUGCCGUCCUAAUCCGAAUUAAUGUGCAAUCGGGAUCGACGAAUAACUAAUCACAUACCUACUAGAUUACAGUAUGAUACAAAAUAAAUAUCGUUGAACAAUUAAAAACUCGUUCUAGGCUCUCGGCCUUAUAUAGGUGUCCGAAUCUAGAUUGACCGAGGUGACAAGUAAACAAAACGAAAAUUGCGAAAUAUUCGCGGUUUUAUGUAGAUUAGUGUCUACGAACGGUAUUAAUCUGUGAAAGGUUCGUUGAAGGUACCUAAAAUGUACCCGGCGUUCCCGCAGCUAAAUUAUUCGAGAGUAGGUUAAAACAACAUUUAUUACGUUAAACCGUAAGAAAUAAUUUAUACGGCCGGUGCAGAUGCUGAAAUUGUUUAAAGAGGAAAACCAGAUUAACCGUUGUGUGUUUGUCAAUGCGCACACUGGUGAUUUAAUAAUAAUAAAAAUAAUAGUAUUAGUAUUAUAGGUGGUAGAAUUAUUGACUUCGAGUAUCGGCCAAGUGUGUUUUUGACUGGUAAAAUAAUUAUUACAAAAUCAACGCGAACCGUUCGAUUUCCAAAACACUGAUUUCGAAGAGAUUGAUGUUGCUAUAAAUUCGUUGCAAUACCCGAGAGAAAAUAUCCCUCAAGAUCGAUAUUAUAUCUAUGAAAUAUCAAUUAUAAAAAACUGUCCUAGUAUAAUGUGAAUGGGUGCAGCCACUGAUGUUUUUGGAAAUCAGGAAAGAUAGGAUAUUGACAACAAUGUAAUGUGUAUCUGUACGCAACGAUUAACCGCUACUAAAGAACAAAACGAUUCAGAGCGGAGUUCGGUUAAUAGUGAUGCAUUGUCAACAAUCUGUAUGCCAUAUUGUGGUAAAAUAAUUAAAUAGGCAUUAUAUAUUUUCAUUGAUAAUAUUUGUUUAAUACUGCACCACCUAUUUUCCCGGUUUUCCUGCGUUUUUCCCGGCUUUUCACAUUUGCUGCGAAAAUUCUUGGGAAAAUCGAUAAAUAACCUCUUUAAGUUACCAUGGAGAUAAAAUUUUCUUUUUAGAAAUAAGCAACACUUGAAAUAUCGGAGCAAGAUUUUUGGUAGAAAAGUUUGCAUAACAAAUCAAUAGGUAUUUUACGAUUAAAAUAGUCCGAGCGAGCGAUUGCUUGGGUGCAUUUUUUUUUCCUUGUUUAGGUAAAAGGGAUUCAAAAUGCAAAAAUUUAUCCAACGUUUUUAUCUAAACGCGGGUUCAAACUCGCGAACCAAAGAUGAAAAUAGGUAUGUAUAACUGUGGUCUUAAAUACUGUGAAUAACUGUAAAUGUGUGUCCCGAGUUUUAAACGUGUUUUUACCUUUAAUUGUAGUAAUAAAAAAUUAUUUGGAAUUUCAAUCCAAAUAAAUCUAUAUAUUCUAAAUAUAUCAAUAUAAAUUAAUAACAACUUCUUCGUUUUCAAUAUUAUACAAAUAUACCAUACACAUUAACCAUAGUUUGACGAUUAUAAAUAUUAACCAAGAUGUAUCUUUAAUCAUGAAUAUAACAAAUAUACCUUGUGUCUAUAAAGUAUAAACUAUGUAAGUAAUCUCGAAUUUGUGACAACUGCUUAUUAUAGUUAUUAUUGUUCUGGCGUAUAUUCGUGUAACUAUUGGUAAAAUAUUUUGGACUUUCACUAACAUUUAUUUUGUACAUUUUUAGUCCAAACGUCAUAUAAAUAAUAUAAAUGUGUAAGGUAAGAGAUGCAUAAAAGGAGGGAUAAUUUCGGGUGUUACAACCCCCCCCCUUUUUUUUUUUGCUAUCAAAACUUAUCGACAACUAUAAUUGAACUAAGAAGUGUGUCCCCUGAAAUCAAAUGUAUUUUAGGCCCUGGUAUAACCAUUCAGCUACGACAAUCAUGCUUUAAAAAAGACAAUAUUUAAUUAUUUAACAUAACAUACAAUGUCCAUAUAAUAUCAAAACUUUAAAAAGCUAUAGUUUCAAAACUUAGUCAGUCCACUAAAUUCUGACUUCACCAACGUUUUUAAAUAAUGUAUUUAAAAAAAAAAAAAAGUGAAAAACUAGAUUUGUUCCAUAUACAUUUUUAUUCAUUUUUAUUAACGAUUUUCUUCAAAAUUAGAUAUUAAAAUUCCUUUAUAAAUAAAAAUACUACAUUAAACUUAAAAUUUCUUUUUUUUGACCACAAAGUAAUACUCUCAAUGAACCUCCUGUUAGAUUUUCAAGCAAUUUUUUUGAGUCUAACAAUUUUACUACAGAGUACCUACCGAAAACCUACAAGACUCGAAAAAUUAAAAUGUCUAUAAAUAGCUCACAAUGGCUUAAAUUCUAUGAAAAUUUUACCAUGUCUAAAAAAGGCAAAUAUAAGUUUUUAAAUAUAAGUCCAAAUUUCAAGUCUCCAUGAAUAUUUUUAACUGAAUUAUAACAAUUGAAAUAUAAUAAAAGUAUUUUAAAAAUNUUACAUCAUUAGAGCUAAAAUAUCUUAUACUGUUUGUAUAUCAACAAAAAGAAAAUAUUUAAUUUUAUGUUGGUAAUUAUUUGUGCAUAUUUAGAUUGGUUUUUUUACCAUGUCUAAAAAAGGCAAAUAUAAGUUUUUAAAUAUAAGUCCAAAUUUCAAGUCUCCAUGAAUAUUUUUAACUGAAUUAUAACAAUUGAAAUAUAAUAAAAGUAUUUUAAAAGUAAAUUUCUUGUUUUUCUAACGUUUUAUUCUGUUUUUUCCAAAAUAUUUUGAAAACCGCUUGGAAAAUCAAAAAAUUAUCUGUCAAAAGUACCAUUUGAACAUUCUCUUUCAGAAAUAAGCCAUGCGUAUAUAUCUGAGCAAGAUUUAUGGUAGAAUUUUUGUACACAGUAUAAAAAAAAAAAAACAUUUUAGUAAAACCAAUACAUUCUUCACUACACACUCAGAAUCUAAAAAAAAGGAGUUAAAUAUAUUUUAUGUAUAAAUCAACCAAUUUCAUAAAUUAUUUAAUACAAUUUCCCAAUGUCUAGUUAAGUGAAUGUAAUAGUUUCAUUAUAGCAAAACUAUUUUUGGUUAUGGUAUGACAUUCUAUUAAAUUAAAUAGGUAAUAUUUGGGUAGGUUUUUUAAAAAUUUUAAAUGAUUAGUAUUUCUAGUGCAUAUUAUUAACAUAUUUUAAGAUUUUAAAUUUAUAGGUAUUUUACGUACAGAUUACGUAAUUAGUUGUCUUUUAUUUCAACGUGUACAAGUAUUUUUCUUGGCUACAUGAAUAUUACUAUAAUAUUACGUAGACAUGUAUCGUGGUAACAAAUCGUCAUUUUUAUUGAAGGAUUUGAUUAAAAAAAUUAACAAACUGUGUAUGAUAUCGUGUCAGUUUUCCGGGGAUCUCGCUCAUUAGACGAGUACUUUAUGAGUUAAGUCACAACGUAUAAAAAUAAAAUAUAGUUUAUCCAGCACCACCAGACUCGAAACGUGCAGUCAUACUUACAUUUAGAAAAAACACCUACUUUACUAUAUGCACAUUGGAACACGAGUAUUCCUACAUUAAAAUAACCAAUUUUAAAUUCCUAAUGCCUUUUUUUGUAUUUGUGAUAAUGGUAAUAUUAGUACAUUUUUAAUUUAAUUCUUUUUUUUUUUUUGGUGAUCAGACGUUUGGCCGCCGAAGAAGAAGACGAGCUUUCGGAAGUGCAGCCGGACGCUGUACCACAGGAAGUUCGCGAAUGGCUUGCUUCGACUUUCACCAGGCAAAUGGCAUGCACUAGACGCAGAGGCGAGGACAAGCCGAAAUUUAAAUCUGUCGCACACGCUAUUCGGGCCGGAAUAUUUGUCGAUCGCAUGUACCGCAAAGUGGUUAGCACGCCAUUGAUGUUGUUCCCAACUGACGUAGUGAAAACAUUGAAGGUAAGAAUUUUUGUUUUUUUUUUUUUUUGGUCACACUUCAGGUUCCGGACAAAUUAUGUAGCCUCUGGAUGGUGGAACUUAAAUAUAAUUAUUUGUUCCGGCAAAUUGGUUAAUUUAGCCGCUAUAUAGUAAAUAGUAAUAUUCAUUAUCUAAUAAUAGUUAAAACAAUAUUAAACACUGACAACAUAUUAUUAGGAAAUAAUUAUAUAUUUAUAUUAUUAAUUUUACAUUGCCAUAGUAGCCUAGCUAAUGAACAGUGUUUGGAAAAAACGCGUUCAAUCAAGGGACAAUUGAACGCGUUCGAUUAUCACACGAAAGCGAACGACUUUUUUCAUUCAUUUAACGUUCAUUUAAUAAAAAAAUCAUAGUAAUAAAUAUUACUAUCAAUGAUACCUAUACGGUCAUACUCUAUUCCAAAUUUAUAAAUAACUAAUAAGUAAUAAGUUUGGAGAAACUAUUCAUAAAUAGUUAUACUGCCCUCCAAAUGGAACAACUUUUUUUGUAUUCAGUUUUUAUUAUUUUUAUUAUUGCAUUAUUUUUACUUUUUUUUUCAUUUUUAAGGAAGUCACUAUUUUAGUGAACAUUUCAAACACUGCUAAUAAACAUAUUAGACAUUAGUUAAGAAAUUACAAUUUAAAAUAAAAACUAUUGCAAGUGGGUGGUCGGGAAAGUUCAAUACAUUCAGUUUAUACAGGUUAUGAUAAAUCAAUGCAAAAGAAAAAACAAUAUUCUGAUUGGAAUAGUGUUAUUCGUGUUUUUAUAACCUUGUUGCCAAGGUAACCCAGAGAUCAACAAAACCAAAAAAUAAAAACCGAACCUAAAUAGAUUGCUUUCAAUAAAUGUUUCAAAAAAGUUUCACCGGCAAAAAUGUUACAUAUUUUGAAGUACUGCGGAAAAGAAUGUAAUAUUUUCCUAACCAAAAAAGUAUUUAAAAAAAAAAAGUAUUAAAUCGAAGCAUUUUUACCAACCAAAAAAGUGUUUUUUAUGAAUAAAAAUAGCAUUAUAAAACUAAUAGCUUCUUCGUUUUAUAAUCGGAAUCUAAAAUUGGAAAAAUCUUAAAAAUAGGGUCUGUCCUGAAACAAUGGAUUCGUUUAAAAAAUGUCAACCGUCUUGUAGUCAGGGUAUAAUUAAUUUUGAAAGUUAUCCAUGUCCCUAUAAAUGUAACAACGUCAAUUGUGUCCCUAUAUUGUAAGAGAUAAAACCAAUUUAACUGUUGUUUGUUCACAUGACACGAUAUUGGGCAAGAGGGGGUGAUUUUUUCAAACAAACCCUUUCUUUUAUAAAGUAUUUGGUAACGGGUUUUCCGAUUGCCCGACUCGGCGCAUAUCAACAGACUUCAGACCCGAGUCUUUUAAAUUGCUUGCACCACACCGUUGCGUUUCGAUCAUCGAAUUCCGAGCUGAAAACAGCCAAGCAUAGAUUUACUGUGGAAUCGUUCGUUCGACAAAGACGAAUGAUAGUCGUGGUCGAGCGCGUUAAAAUAUUGUCGUCAGCCGAAACGUCAACCGAUCACUGUCAAUAAUGUGUAUACUGUAUAAAUAAAACAAGUAAUAAGAUGAUACUGAAUAUACUUACUUAUUAUAAUAUACUGUUUUAUUCAUGCCCGUCAUUAUAAUAUUUUAGGUUAACGUCAAAAUAAUAUCAGUGUCAAAUCCUAAUUAUAAUGAUAUGACGUGAUACCCACAUUUAUUUUACUGUCUCAGUGCAACUAACCGUAACGUAUAGCGAAAUAACGUAACUUUCUUGAGACGUUUUGAUAAAAUUUAAAAAAAGUGUAUAAUAUUUUCAAGGGCGUCUGAACCACAUUACUUUUUUACAAAAAAUAUUUCCAAACAAAAAAACGAAAACUUCUAUAGCUAAAACUUUCUUAUCCUCAAAAAUAUAUCAGCCUCUUUAAAUUCUAAGUUUUACUAAGUAAUUUUUACCAAUCUUUACCGUUAGUCUGACUAAGCCAGUAAAUCUCAGAUAUCGUGUCUUCGUGAGACCACCGGAUGCUAUAAUGGAUAUUCAUCAAAUGAUGCGCUUGCACGAUUAAAAUAGGUACCUAGUUAUAAUCACAUUGUUAUUAUCACAUUAUACUCGUAUACACUGUACACUAACCGCAUAUUCUAAACGGUCUCAAUUAUUAUGCGCGGGAAUUCACUAUUAUUAAAAUAUGAUGACGGUAAUACCUAAGUAAAACCCUGAAACGUUUAAAAGGUCACGUCUAGUCUGUUUUAAAACCGUAUUGCCGGUGUUAGGGCUGGACUGUUUAACAUCUGUGCAGCUGCCGUAAAAUUAAUCCAAGCUCUUCACACUACAGGGCGUCGUACCCGAGGAAUCGUUAUAAUAAUAUUUAUACGGAAAAUGAGCGCGCAUAAUGUUAAUAUAAUUUAUGUUGUUAUUAUAAUUACUAACACUCACCGUGCUAUUAUUAUAAUUUCCGCUAUUGUAUUAGGAAAUUAGAAGAGAAGCUGUAUAGAGUAACUCAAUUUAAUGUGUGAGCAAGGAUUUAACCGUUUUGAACAGAGUAUUUUAAUUCGUAUUUCAGUAUUUUCAUAAUAAGACGGCAUACGUUUAGCUAAUUAUUAUGCUUAUACGGGAGAAUCUAUACCUACAUUUUUUUUUAUUGGUGUUCGAUCAUGCACUAACAUUUAAUCUAACACUUUAAUAUUAUUACAAUGUUAUUUCACUUCAAUUUCACAUUGAAAAGACGUCAAAUGAGAUUUUGUCGUCUCUAUAAAAAUAACGGGAAACAUAGCGAAAUUCCAUCAUUUAAAAUUAAAAAUGUGGCGUUUACGUUACAAUCAAAUUUUAAACCAUACUUAAAGAGGAUAGUACUUUUGAAAAAACCACGAUUCUUUUUUUUAUGUUGCUAAACAAAAAUGCAUCAUAUAUUUCUUUUUGUGAAGAAAGCAUAUAUGAACAUGACUGUUGCUCUUUUAUUCAAAAAUACACUCGUAUUUUAGAAACGAAAGAAACAAAAUGUUGCCCUCGAAAAUAUUAGUCUCUUUAAAUUUGUUCAUCAGUAUUUAGGCUUAAAUUUAAAUUCAACACCUACAAUUCUAUUUUCAAUAGUUUUGCUAUGUUACUCGUUAAUUAGAUUGAGACCAAACAAUUUGAGUAUCACGACCUCUGAAAAUAAUAAUAUGAUAUGUAAAUUAUAGGUAUUGGUAAUUUCCACGUAGUAAAUACUAAUGCAAAAUUAUCACUAAAUAUAAUUAUUUUACAAAAAAUGAUUAACUGUAAUUCAUUAUGUAAGUUUUAAUUUGUUUGUUUUUUCCCAGAAACUGAACGAAUGGUCUUUCGACGUCUACCAGUUACAUAAUUACGGAAAUGGACAACCGAUCAAAUACUUGGGAUACGAUUUACUCAAUCGUUACGGUAUUUUCCAGAAAUUUAAGGUAAGUCAUAUAUUAUUAUAAUACAUCAAGUCAAAAUUAAGUUUUGUACGCUCGUAUAGGUACUUAUAAUUAGUUGAAUUUUCUUUUCCCCUUUCGAUUUGUUAUUAUAACUAAGCUUCAUAAAUGGUAUACUUUUAUUUGGACGAAAUUUCCUAUUAUAUUUUAUUAUGUUCAUAAAAUUGAAAAUGAAUAAAUUUCAAAUUAAUAAUAUCUUUUAGAAAUUGAAUACGUACCUAUUUUAAAAAAUAGUAAUAAUUUAAAUAUUUUAUUAAUUUAUAUUGUUUUUGUUAUUAUAGGUUCCGUCAGUCAUAAUGGAGAACUUUUUGUCCAGAAUCGAAGAAGGCUAUUCGAGACAUAAGAAUCCUUACCAUAAUAAUUUGCACGGUGCCGAUGUUGCACAAACUGUGCACUACAUGCUCUGUCAAACUGGAUUAAUGGUACCCAUAAUAUUUUAUUUUAUAUUAUACAACAUAAAUGUGACUCACUUGAAAUAUUUCAUUCUGUUUUCUGUCGUAGAACUGGCUGUCUGAUCUAGAAAUAUUUGCAAUGUUGAUAGCUGCAAUUACACACGACUUCGAGCACACCGGAACAACAAACAAUUUCCAUGUGAUGUCUGGAACUGAAAUUGCUUUAUUAUACAAUGAUAGAGCUGUGCUUGAAAACUACCACAUUAGUUCCACUUUUAGGUUUGCUAACACUGCCAUAACAUGUGCACAGGACUUAAUAGUCUGAAUAAAUGGCUCAACACAUUAUUAAAAUUUUUAAUAAUAAUAAAUUACUCUUCUUUUUCUCCUUUGCCUUCGUUCAAACUAUUUGGGGUCAGCCACCAUUAUCCUAAACUUCAACUUAUUCCUGAUCUUUCACAUCAACCUCACAUAAUCUUGUUCUCAUAUCAUUCUCAAUUGCAUCCAACUACCUUUUUUACAGUCUUUUUCUUCCUCUCUGUCCUCCUACGUUUAUUUUCAUUGUCAUUCUUAUUACUUCCAAUUCCUCUCUGUCCUCCUACGUUUAUUUUCAUUGUCAUUCUUAUUACUUCCAAUUCCUCUCUUCGUGAUGUGGCUAAACUAUUUCCAUUAAUUUUAUCUAAUUUUAUCUACGAUCGAAACCAUAACAAAUCCACCUCUUAUAUAGUUUUCCUUAUCCUUUCGUCACUUCACUCAUCUAUCUAAAUAUUUUUAUUUCCAUUACACUCAUUUUCUAUUACGUGUUUUGUCUAACACCCAAUACUCUGAAUCAUACAACAUAAAAUAAUAUAUUUGUAACAAUAAUAUUAUCUAUUUAUCUAUGGUUUUAAAUACUCAGGAUUCUCAAGGACGAAGACUGCAACAUAUUGCAAAAUCUUACCAAGGAAGAAUAUCGCGAGUUCCGAACUCUAGUCAUUGAUAUGGUACUAGCAACCGAUAUGAGUUAUCAUUUUCAGCAGUUAAAAAUCAUGAAGGCUUUGAUAGCAUCGCCCGAACCUACGUAAUAUACCAAUUAAUAUUUGUAUAUUUUUUUUUUUUUGUAUAAUUAUUUAGUUAUAAAAAAUUAUAAUUUAUUUUGUUUUGUAAACAAUUAUAUAUAUUAUUUAUUGGGUAUCAAAAAUAUAAUAUGUAUUAAGGGGUGUCUAUGGUGUCUAUUAAUUGGGGGGAUAAUCUUACAGAAUCGACAAAUCCAAAGCCAUGUCAAUGGUGCUGCACUGUGCCGACAUUUCGCAUCCAGCCAAAGAAUGGAAUAUGCAUUACAGAUGGACAAGUCAACUACUGGAGGAGUUCUUUUUACAAGGUGAUAUGGAAAAAAAAUUGGGACUUCCAUUCAGUCCCCUGUGUGAUCGUAAUAAUACAUUGAUUGCUGAGUCUCAAAUUGGUUGGUCUUUCAUAUAAAUUUUUAUAUUCUGCUUGAUUAUAAUUAGAUAUAGAUAACAAACAAGUAACAAUGGUGUACUUUACCCUUUAGGAUUUAUUGAAUUUAUUGUCGAACCAAGCAUGGCUGUUUGUAGUGAAAUGUUGGAGCUAAUUUUGGGGCCCAUUAAUAUUGUGAAUACGUCUAAGAAUAAUGAAAAGAAAGCAGUGACCCCCGCCGAGACAAAAGAGGAUGAAUCGAGCCAGUCCGAUGUGGCAAAGGCAUGUACAGCAAUGAGCUGCAACAUUGAAGACACAAAAGAAGAGAAAGACGAUAUAGAUGUAACUGCAACAACUUCUGACACUAUUGAACCAGCUGAAAAAUCUGAGAAAGAUAAAGGUGGAAAUUUGUAAUAUCAAAUGUUAAAAUAUAAUAUCUGAAGGGAAAGGAAAUGUUAAAAAUGCUUUUUUAGUCGUACACAGAAUAGUAUAUCAAUAAUAUAAAUUAUGAAAAAUGCAAUAUUUUUGAUUAUUCUUUUAUGCAUUAAAUACUGACUUUUUAAAAAAAAAAUUAUAUUAACAACAUACAUAUUUCGUGUAUAUUUCAGAAAAGGAAAAAACUGCUGAUAAACCUGAAGACAAGUUAUUCCAAAUCAAAAAACCCUGGAUUGAAUGUUUGACUUACAAUAAAUUGAAGUGGAAGAUACAAGCGGUUAGAGGUAAGUAAUGAAUUAUUUAAUCUUAAUAUAUUUCCGUAGUUAGACGCAAGAAAGACGAGUAAAAAAAAUAUAUAUUUAAAUAUAUUACAAUAAUUAUGCAUAUUUCGUUCCAUUUUUGGAAUUUUUAUAAAUAAAUUUCUUUUUCAACUUCCAGUUUUUAUUUUUCAAUACAUUUUUUUUCACAUCAGACUUUUUUGGACCUAACCACAGAUUUAUAUAUGAUUACCAUAUUAUAAAUUAAGCUCUUUAUCAUUUUAUUUUUCAAUCCAUUGUCUCUUUCCACAUUCCAUAUGAUUCUCACAAAUUAUAAGGCAAACUACUCAUUGUUAUAAUAAAAUUUUACUUAUCUUUCUUCUUAUUCUUAAAAGUAAUUAUUCAUUUACUUUGUAAUUACAAUUGUAACUAUAUGUUUCUUACUUUAUACAUAUUAUACGAUGUGUUAAUUAUAUAAAUAUUAUAAAAAAUUUAAAACUUUAUAGAAGCUAAACUAAGAGAGUCGAAGACAAAGUACACCAUGGCAGACAUUCUAAUACCACUUCCCGGAGAAAUGGAUGAAGAAGAAUUUAUCGCAUUAUCUUUGCAGGCUGAAAAAGACGCCAAAGAAACUGCUGAAAAUGCAUCCAAAGAAACUGAUGAAAACGCAUCCAAAGAAACUGAUGAAAACGCAUCCAUAGAAACAGAUGAAAACGCAUCCAAGCAAAUUGAUGAAAAGGAAACUUCGCAAACUGAUGAGGGAACGUUGAAAACUGAUGAAAAAGAAAUAUUGCAAACUGUUGAGAAAGAAACAUUGCUUACUGAUGAGAAAGAAAUAUUGCAAACUGAUGAGAAAGAAAAAUUGCAAACUGAUGAGAAAGAAAUGUUGCAAACUGAUGAGAAAGAAAUGUUGCAAACUGAUGAGAAAAAAACAUUGAAAACUGAUGAAAAAGAAAUAUUGCAAACUGAUGAGAAAGAAACAUUGCAAACUGAUGGAAAAGCAUCUUCAUCAGUAAAAGUGGAAUAUAACGAAUAAACUCUCACUUGCUAUAUUAAUUUUUAACCCCAUUAAUGAUUUUAUGAAACGUAAUUCUUAUUUUUCUCUUUUGGCAUUUAUUUGUGUUAAUUUACAUUAUAUCUGAUUAUAAAUCAUAAUUCCAUUAAUUUUCCAUAAAUAAAAGGAA